GAAGUCUCAUGCGACGCGUAAUUCGCGGCCGCCCUCUCGCUGCUAUAAACGGCGCGGUCGACAGGACGACUAACCCGGACCCUCAUCUAAGGAGAAGGUGGUGGACUUGCUGAAAUUGAUAGCCUGCGCCGUUGAGUCACGCCGGGGUCUGAAGCACGAUGGAGAAGGGGGAGGACCUCCCGCACAAGAACCUGGUGCUGUCGGUCUACAUCAUCACGUUCGUCGCCGGGGUGCCCGCCAACAUCCUGGCUCUCGUCGCCUUCACGCGGAAAGUGCGGCAGAAGCCCACGCCCAUCGACAUCUUCCUCCUCAACCUGACCGUGUCGGACCUGGUCUUCCUCUUCUUCCUGCCCUUCCGGAUGAAGGAGGCGGCCGACGACAUGGCGUGGGACAUGCCCUACUUCCUGUGCCCGCUCUCGGGCUUCCUGUUCUACACCACCAUCUACAACAGCACCUUCUUCCUGACCGCCGUCAGCGCGGAGCGCUACCUGGGCGUGGCCUUCCCCAUCAAGUACAAGCUGCGGAGGCGGCCGCUGUACGCCGCGGCGGCCUGCGUCCUCUUCUGGGCCGUCUCCAUGGCGCACUGCAGCAUCGUCUACAUCAUGCAGUACUUCCAGCCCGCCAACGGCUCGCUGGUCAAGCCGCACGAACGCAGCACGUGCUACGUGGAGUUCUCGCCGGCGCAGCUGGAGGUGCUGCUGCCCGUGCGGCUGGAGCUCUUCCUGGUGCUCUUCUGCGUGCCCUUCCUGGUCUGCUGCUUCUGCUACGUCAACUUCAUCCGCAUCCUGUCGCGCAUGCCCAGCAUCAGCCGGCCCAAGCGGCAGCGCGCCAUCGGCAUGGCGCUGGGCACGCUGCUGGUGUUCGUGCUCUGCUUCGGGCCCUACAACGUGUCGCACGUGGUGGGCUUCGUCCACUGGCGCAGCCCCCGCUGGCGCGUGUACGCGCUGCUCUUCAGCACCUUCAACGCCUGCCUGGACCCGCUCAUCUUCUACUUCUCGUCCUCGGCCGUGCGGGGCAUGCUGCGGGGGGUGGCGCGCGGCGCCUUCGGCUGGCUGCACCGGCCCUGCGCCGGGAGCAAGGCCCGCUGCUACCCCCACGUGGCCUGCCUGGUGACCGAGGAGAGCACCCAGUGCUCCAACGAGACGUCCUGAUGCCGCCGCCCCCCGGGGAACGGGACGAUGUGGUUCCCGCCCCUGCCCUCCCUCCUUCCUGU